CGGGGGUCCCUGCGGCCGGGACCGGCCACUCGUGCCGGGGACCCGCAGCCCCGGAGCGGCUGUCAGAGCCCCAGGGCCCCCAGGCUGCCUCCUCUGCCCCCCAUGGUCCUUCGGGCCCAGUCCCGCAGCUGGCAGCCCCCGUGGUGACAGUGACAGUGACGGGGGAGUCAGGGAAGGACAGUGGGAAUGCCCUGCACUGGUCUCUGCAAGGCAACAGGCCCAAGGAGAGCCUGUCCCAGCCUGUGCAAUGGAUGCACCAGUGGGGAGCGAUGCUGCUCUCAGGCUCAGCACCCCAGGGCAUGACAAGAGGAGCCACCAUCUCUGGCUGAAAGCCUAUCCAGGCUACGAAGUUUUGGUCUUAGUGGCCCCAGGCUGCUGUGGAGCUGCUGCUCAGUCCCUGAGGCUGCAGGAACCCAUGCCAGGGGCAGUGCGGAAGGAGCUGGGUGGACAAGGAACCCACCCCUCAUCCAUCCGGGCAGCAGGAGCAGCAAGGCAGCUGUGGUCGUGGAGGACAGCUCUGCCGAGGAACUGAGCAAGCUAGAACUCAUGGGGACACAUCUGAAGGAUCCAAACUGCAGUGUCCAAAAGGCAGAGCUGGGUUGGGAAUCCCACCUUGGCCUCGUCUGUGCCGGGUCAUGCAAGUGAAGGAGCUGCCCUGCACCUCCUGCUUCAUCAUCUUCUUGGUGCUGCCCUCUGUAAGCCCCAUCAUGACCUGAAGGAGCGGGAUGGAGAGCUCCUGCACGGUGUAUCACUCCUUGGGGGUGCCGGCCCUGCAAGCAGCUGGUGAGGCGGGAUGGUGCUGGUGCUGGCACUGUGGGCCUGCCUGGCACUGGGCACAGCCAGUGAGGAGAGCCCGGCACCCGAGCCCCUGGCAGGCGGGAUGCCCUUUGCCGUGGUGUGGAACGUCCCCACCGAGCGCUGCCAGCGCCGCUUUGGCAUAGGGCUGCCCCUCGGUGACUAUGGCAUCGUGGAGAACCAGGGUGGCCACUUUGCUGGCCAGAACAUCACCAUCUUCUACAAGAACAAGUUUGGGCUGUACCCCUACCUGUCACAGCACGGUGUCCCCCAUAAUGGGGGCCUCCCCCAGCGAGUCUCCCUGGACGCACACAUCAACAGGGUGGCUGAGGACAUCCGCCUCCUCCUGCGACCUGCUUUCCAUGGCUUGGCCGUGGUGGACUGGGAGGAGUGGAGGCCCCUGUGGGCCCAGAACUGGGGAGCCAAAAGGAUGUACCGGACAGCCUCGGAGCAGUGGGUGCGGGAGCAGCACGGCUUCCUGCCGGCAUGGCAGCAGCUCCGGCUGGCCCAGCUGGAGUUCGAGCGGGCGGCACAGGCUCUGAUGGAGGAGACGCUUCUGGUGGGCCGAGCCCUGCGCCCCAGGGGGCUCUGGGGUUUCUACCGCUUUCCCGACUGCCUCAACAGCAACUGGGCCAAGGAGGCAAACUACACCGGGCAGUGCCAGCCGGCAGAGGUGCAGCGGAACAACCGUCUGGGCUGGCUCUGGGCCGCCUCUUCUGCCCUGUACCCCAGCAUCUACCUGCCGCUGGCGCUGCCGCCCGCGCUGCGCCGCCGCUUCGUGCACCACCGGCUGCGCGAGGCCCUGCGUGUGGCCGCCCGCGGGGCCCACGGCCUCCUGCCCGUGAUCGCCUACUCCCGCCUCUCCUUCCGCCGCUCCGCACGUUUCCUGCAGCUGGCUGACCUGGUGCACACCAUCGGGGAGAGCGCGGCGCUGGGAGCGGCUGGACUUGUGCUCUGGGGAGACCUGUCCUACUCCCACUCGGCUGAAAGCUGUGCCAACCUGCGCCACUACCUCGUGUCCACCUUGGGUCCCUACGUGGCCAACGUGACGGCAGCAGCCCGAGAGUGCAGCUACGGGCAGUGCCACGGGCACGGGCGCUGUGUGCGCCGGCAGCCCCAGGAGCUGGGCAGCCUCCUGCACCUCAGCCCCGGGGCCAACCCGUGGGCUGCUUUCCGCUGCCACUGCUACCAUGGCUGGGCAGGGGAGGGCUGUGCCCAGCGGGUAUGGCUCAGCCCUGCCACCUCCUGCCAGGUGCCCGCCCAUGCUCACAGCCUCUAUGGGCACAAGGAUCUCACAUCCUCUGACACCUGCCUGCCGCAGGGCACGUGGGGCUGGUGACAAAGGCCAGGGACCGCCAUGGUCCCCUACCCCAGCAGUGCUGCUGCUGGCACUUUCUAUGGUCUCAUUAACCUAAAUAAAUUCUCC